AUGCCGGCACUUCUCUUUUCGCUGCAGCUUGGGGAGGCGGUUUGGGGUACCGGUCUCUUAGAAGAACCCGGGCCCGGGCAGGAUGAAGCGGAAGCCGAGGCCAAGGCAGCGGUGCAGAGCGUGAUGCUGAGGGCUCCGCACCCGGGUCGUUCCGGCACGGAUGGCACGGACGUGGCUCAUCUCACACCGCAGCCUCGAGGAGAGAUCCGCGGAGCUGUGCAGCUCAGAGCGGAGUGGUCUGAGACGGGCGCGAAGCUUCAGCUCCAUUCCGUCAAAUCUGUGACCAUCUCGGUAGCGCGAUUAUAUGAGCUGAAAGUUGCUGAAGGCGCCUCGGAAGAUGCUCAGAGCGGAUGGCUCCUGCAGAUUUGGGGAUCUCCUUCUCUGGCAGAGAUGACGCAAUGCAUUCCAUUCUGCCGUAUGGGAUUGCGAUGCGACAGCCCUGUACCAUUUACGAGUAACGUCUUGUACAUAGAGCGCCCAGUGGAGCUCCACUGGCCUGAAACCUGGACACCCAAAGGCAGGGGCAUCUCGCAGAUCGGGCACAGCAGCAAGUACGAGACCGGGACAAUCGCGGCGCGGUGCCGUCACGCCAUGUUCCAAGGCUCCGCGCCUGACAGUGUAACUGCGCGCAGCCUGAAGCAUUGGGCCGACCUGGAAAGUUGGUUCUUGUUCGGCCCGCUCUACACUCGGUACGACGACGAACUUUUGCCGAUCGAUGAAGCCACGGCGCUGCAUCCAGACGGGGAAAUGGCCCUUGUCCCGGAGGCCCUUCAGGAGCUGCGAGACGAUCCUGACUACAUCGCCUGUCAUGCCAGCGUCGUUCGUUUCAUCCUGCUCUCUUGGGGCUGGGAUGCCGACAGCGGAGAGCUUGUGAAGGACACCCAUGCAGGCCAGGGCUGGGCAGCCAGUGGUCAGCACGCCUGGCGUCUUCGACACCUCUGUUUGUCCUGCUGGCUCCUGGGGCAAGCUGAGCUUCGGCAGUCCUGCAAUGACUUCGUGCUCAUGCUCGGUUCCAAAGCACCCUGGACCGAGGAUGGUAUGGGAGAAGCCAAAUUCACUUUGGGCCGGAAUGGCGAUGCUGCUAUCGAUGCGUUUUGGCAUGCUCGGCUUCCUCCCAGUUGUUCGAGCAGAGACGAGCGCACAUUGUGGGGCAUUUUGUGCGCUGCUGACCAUGUUGUGGACAGGCCCGAAAACACAUAG